AUGAAUUCAAUCGGUGAUGGUGGCUUUGUUCAAGGUCGAUCUGCAAAUCGUCCUCCUCUCUUUUGCGGCAAUAAAUUUGCUCAUUGGAGAUCUCUAAUGCAAAUGUUCGUAAUUCAUCAAGAUCUUGAGCUCUGGGAGAUUAUAAAGAAAGGUCCUAAAGUACCUAUGAAGAAGAUGGAAAGUGGAGCAACCGUUCCAAAAGAUGAUGAUGAGUUUAAUCAGACGGAUCUCGAAAAUGUGGCAAAAAAUUACUGUGCUAUGAACUUGCUGUAUUGUGGACUAGAUGCUAAUAAAUUCAACCGUGUGUCUACAUGCAAAAGCGCCAAGGAGAUAUGGGAUAAGCUAGUGGUCACAUAUGAAGGAACAAGUCAAGUGAAGGAGACCAAAAUCAAUAUUUUCCUUCGACAAUAUGAACUCUUCAAAAUGUUGCCAAAUAAGUCUAUCAAAGAGAUGUUCACAAGGUUUACUCAGAUUAUAAAUAACCUUGAUUCUCUUGGGAAGUCAUUCUCAAACGAAGAAAAAAUUUCCCUCGAAGAAGAAGACGGAGAGCCUGCCUCAUCCACAAAGGGGCUAGCUCUCAUAGCUAAGAAAGAAGAAGAAUUAAUAGAAGAAGAUUCGGACGAAGAUGAAGAUGAUGAGGAUCCUUUUGAUCUUAUUGCUAGAAGUCUUGCAAAGAUUCUCAAAAUGAAGAAAAAGUUUCCUAGAAGAAAGAACAACAAUCGGGCAGAGAAAUACAAGAGCAAAUCAUUCAACAAAGUCAAUACCUUGAAGUGCUACGAAUGUGGAGAUGAUGAUCACCUUGUGAAGGAUUUCCCUAACAGAAGAAAAAGGCAGUUAGGCAAAAGUGAUUAUAAGAAUAAAUCUAUGGUUGCCUCAUCGAGUGACUCGGAUUCAAGUGAUUUCGAUGAUGAACAAGCUAAUCUAUGUCUUAUGGCGGAUCACAAUGAUGCAAAAGAUGAGCACCUCCAGGUAAUCGUAAACAAUUUAAUUGCCAGUCCUACUAAUGUUCUUUCUGAUUGUUUACGUAAUAUGCUUAUUAAUGAAGAAAGCUUAAUUCAAGAAUCGAAGAUUCUUAAAGAAAAGAUGAGCAAACAAGUGAGCAUAUCUGACAAUUUGGCUAAGGAAUUAGCUGAUCUCAAAGCAGCCCAGUCCACUUUUGAAAACAAGGUCAAGACCUCAGAGUCAGCUUUUGACACAAAGGUCAAGGCCUUGAAAACUGAAAACACUACUUUAAAGCGUAAGCUUACUUCUCUGAGUUAUUAUAAUAAUAAACUGGAGAAAGAAAAGAAAACUCUUAUUGGGAAAUGCAUAAAGCAACAUAAUUCCUUGGUUAGAUUUACUCAGUCAGAAGCAACACUUGAUAAGAUGUUGGGUGUACACCAAUCAUCCUUAAAUAAGAGUGGUCUUGGAUACAACAAAAAUUUUCCUAAGAAAAACCCGACCACUUUUGGACAGUCUAUGCUACCCCAGCUCAUAAAUCUCUCUCUUUAUGAUAUAAUAUACCAGUAA